CUUUUAAAAAAAACAUAUUAAAACUAUUUUUAAAGUGGCGACCCAAAUCAAAACGUAUAUUCAGUUGUUUAAUUCCUGAAAAAGCAGACAUUUUUCGUUAUGGUUUAAUAUUUAUUUCAUAUGGAAUAUUAAUUAAUAAAGAACAGCCCACUGACAAGAAAUGACGUAGACCUGCGCGCGCUCUUUCCGUAGUUUUGAACGGGCUUCACGAGACGCGAACACUCCCCGCUGAGAGAUUAGCCACACUGCUAACUGUUUGCGAGACAAACAAACUAACCAGAAUCACCGUUUUAUUCACAGGGAAAAAAAAAAUUGUAAGCUUGUUUGGGGACUCGGCGUUCCAACAAUCAUGCUCGAUGGGGAGAGGUUCGUUGAGGCGUUGUCACGGUUGGGUUAUCCAAGUGCAUCUGCGCUGAAAGGUUCAGAAUUUGAUUGGUUGUUUGACGCUGCACCAGACAACCUGCAUCUUUUGCGCGUGUUCUGCCACCGUCUGAACCACAACAAUGCCCUCACUCCAGAAGAAGUGCAGGCAUUUCGGGUGCUGCGCGAGUCUGGGAAGCCCAUCAUGGACAAUGCGACACUCGGGGAUCUGUUAAAAAUGUGUGGACCGAUUGAUGUGUGUGGGUCGCUGUCCUCACUUUGUGGGGAGGAGGAUGUUUCGGUGGAAGAGUUAGAGGCUGAGCUUCAGGCCCUGCGGAAAGAGAAGCAGCUGAAGUUGCGAAGACUUAAAAAGCUGCAGGUGUUGGCCGCCAGCCGAGGCGCUGAUUCGUCUGCGGCUCUUGGAUUGCUCCAGGAAGGUAGCGGCGCGAUGAAAGAGGCCAGCUCUGCUCUCGCGGUUGAAAACGCAGCCACAAAUGCUGCCUUGGAAGGUCUCGUGAAGGAGACCCAAAAGCUUGCUGGUUUCUUCCAUACUGAGGACUUGUCAGUGGGACAAAAUAAUGAAACCACCGCACCCUCUGCUUCUCAAUCAGUACUGCUGUCCCAGCUUCCUCUGGAUGCUUUCCUCCACCAGGAGGAGCAAAACACUAAAGCCUUGGCCACCUACACCCAGUGUCAGUUCUUCCAGGGCAUCUCAGACAUGGUAGAGACCUCGACCUCCAAACGCUUCCAGCUGACGGAGCUGAGCUGCUGCAGUGAGAGUGAGGAAGAGGAGGAUGAGAAGCUUGUGGAGAGCAGGAGGAAGGAGAUGGCUCAGCUGCAGUGGGCUCACAUUGUAGCGCAGCACCAGCUGCUGAAGGAGCAAGCAGAGGAGCAUGGAGACCAAGCACUGAAGAACUGGCUCACUGAGCAGCUCGGCAGCCAAACACAGCCAAUGGGCUCUCUGCAGGCCUCCUGGCGCGAGCCUGCUCUGCGCUCAGAACUUCUCUCUGUUGAGUCUGACCUCGAGGCUCUGAUGCGAGAGCCUGUCCGUUCCGCUCUGCGUGACAGCGCUCGCCUGCUGAACGUGCCUGUGGUGCGUGGUGACUUGGCACUUCAGAUUGCCAGGCAGAACUAUUACACAGCCAGGCAGACCGAGGUCAGGGACCAGCUCCUCCGACAGAAGGCGUCGUUUGAGGUACUGCGGUUGGCGCAGGACACUGAGCUCAGGACGGGGAGAAGGAUGGCGACUCAGCUGGAUGAGGUCAUCAGCAGGUUGGAAGGGGCGUCUCAGAGUGCAGCUCAGAGAGGGAAUAUACUGACCCAGCCUGAACUGACCCAAAGGCCCUGUCUAACGCCCUGGCGUAACACAAAACUGCAGGUCAUCAACUCUAAAGAUGUAGCCUUUAGCAGGCUGCUGCAGAUGCUGGAGCUGGGCAAGCUCUCGGAGUGUAAGGAUCCCAUCCUGACCUACGGGAGGUUGGAAGCUGAAGCAUCUAGCUUGCAGAAAGAGCUUGUUUCUGUUCAGGAUUCUCUGGAAAGGGCAGCUCAAGAGCAGGGUUACAGCGGAGCACGUUUAGAGCACGACCGCGACGCUCUGGAGCGCUCGGCCUAUUCGGAUAUCGUGCAGCCGCUCCUGAGGCCGCAGGUAUGUGCUACAGCCACACCCGCUCAGGAGCUCUGCCCUAACGCACAGGAGGUGUCUGUUGUCCUGAGUGAGCUGGAAGUGAAGCAGAAGAAUAUGUACAAGCUUUUGCAGGACAUCGUAGGAGACUUGCGGACCAAAAGGGCUCGACUAGAGCAGAGCGCCACCCUCAGACGAGAGAGAGAACUGUACGUCUACUUUCACCUAGACCCCACCCUGCUCAGCAAGGUGGUGUGUGAGAUGGAGGCAAGGGCUGGUGUUAAGUAGGUAGAGGAGCAGAUUGUGUACCUCUGACCCUCCAGGAAAGGAGCUCUGAAGCUGAGGUCAGGGGAGACAUGUUGCAGUUUUGACCCCGAGAGCACCAAUUGUGUGAAAACAUCAUCAGCUUGUGCUUUUUCUGGAUUCUGGACUGCCUUUUGACAUUUUUAACUGCAGUGUGCUACCCAAAAUGUCAAUGACGUUUGAUUGUAGAAAGUAACUGUUUUUUCUUUGUACAUCUAAUUUUGGAAAAGUAGACACUUUUUAAUAAGGAACUUUUGUUAAUAAAAUGUGUGUGUGCAUCAUGUUUUUCCUAA